AUGGGCUUCGCAAUGCUUCGACGGCCAUUGGGGCUGAUCAUCGCCGCCUCUGUCAUCCUGCUAUUCACGACAUGGGGCUUCCUCACAACGGACUACGCGCCCCGGAAUGUCCCUUUUUCGGUGCCGUUUAGGAAGGCAGCACCGCCGACGCCGCCGCCGUCGCCGUUACACGUCGACGUGAUUGAGACCGGAGGGAGUCAUGAUGAGGUCACAGCGGCGCUCGUGUACGCGUUCUCCCAGCUUCCGUCGACCACGAUCGGGUUGUAUCUAUUGUUAAAGAGAUACGGUAUCAGCGAGAUUUACGACUCUUUCUUCCCUACUGCGGAAGACGAGCGGGGUCAACGCCUCAUCGACCCAAAUCGUGGUCCGGAUGGGUUUUCGUUGGAGAAGGUGAAGACCACGAGCCCGGAUGUGGUCGUGUUGACGACGUGUGAAUUGGAUAUUUUUCAUCGGAAGGAGCCGCUUGGGUAUUUGUUGCAAGAGGGAAAAACGCACUUGUUUUGUACGAUUCAUCAUGCGGAUCGGUGGAAUACCUCGACCGCGGCGGGGGAGAAGUUGGUGGGUGCGUUGAAGCCUUGGGUUGAGGCGGGAAGUGUGACGUUUUUGACGCUUUCGGAACAUGUUUCGAAGUAUUUGCAUUCGGACAUCUUGCCGACGUGGCCGGAGAUGACGUCUCCCCCGAAUAUCCAGGCAUUUGCGCCGGUAUUCCCGGUUGUCUUGAAGAAUGAGCAACCAGAUUUCGCGAUCACGCAGAAAGAAACUGCAUUCACCCUCCAAGGCGAUUUCGACGCCAAAAGACGCAACUACACCAAAAUCCUCUCCCAGCUCCGCGAGAUGCUGAAAAGUGGAAGCGAGACGGCGAGUACCCUGACCAUGCACCUCCUCGGCCAUGGUCCAGUUCCGACGAUUCCGGAGGAGGUGGCGGGACAUGUCAAGAUCGAUAAGAAUCUGGAUUAUGUACCCUUUUACUCCACACUAUCGAAGAGUUUCGCGUUGAUCACUGCAUUCGCCUCUGAAACGUACUUUACCGAAAAAGCCUCCUCAUCCGUGCCCGCAUCUCUCAUCUCCGGGUGUCCACUCGUCGCGGACCGCAAACUGCUCGACACGUACACCUAUUUGAACGAGGAUGUGGUGUGGUUGAAGGAGGAGGGGGAGGAUGAUAUGGAUGCGGUGAAGAGGGUUGUGAUGGAGAUGGGGGAGAAGGAGUUUAGGGAGAAGAGUGAGAGGGUUAGGGAGAGGAACCGGGGCUUGUAUGUGGGGAAUGUGGAGAGGUUUGGGGGGUGGGUUGAGGGGUUUAGGAGGGACAGGGAGGUGGAGCGGGAGAUGGAUUAG